UACCAUUAUCAUUCACUUGCACUGAUUAGCAACCGCAAAAUGUUCUCCAAAGUGGUCGUACUGAGCGCCGUGUUGGCGGCCGCCAGCGCAGGUCUUCUGCCGCUGCACCACUCCGCGGUGUCAUCGCAAAGCAUAGUGCGUCAUGACUCACCUGUACACUACGCGGCCGCGCACUACGCCGCCCCAGUGGUCCACGCAGCGCCCAUCGUUGCCCAUGCCGCUCCCGUUGUCCACGCUGCGCCCAUCGUUGCCCACGCUGCCCCCGUUGUACACGCCGCUCCUCUUGCCCUCGCCCACGGUCACGAAUACUCUCACCCCCGUUACGACUACUCUUACUCCGUGGCUGACCCCCACACUGGUGACCACAAGUCGCAGCACGAGAGCCGGGACGGUGGUGCUGUGCACGGCUCAUACUCGCUGGUCGAGCCUGACGGUUCCGUGCGCAAAGUAGACUACACAGCUGACGACCACAAUGGUUUCAACGCGGUUGUCCACAAGACCGCUGGCCACCACCCCGCCCCCGUGGUCCACGCUGCUCCCCUGGUCCACGCCGCGCCCGUGGUCCACGCUGCUCCCCUGGUCCAUGCCGCACCCCUCGCACACUACGCCGCCGCCCCCCUCGCCCUUGGUCAUCAUGGUCUCCUCCAUCAUUAAACAACUAGCUAAUGUAUAACUUGUGCUCGAUGUAUGUUUGAUGUGUGAUAUUUAUGUGUAUGAAAUAAUGAAUUAAUACUCAUUUGUAAAUAAAUUAAUUGCUGAUCAGUAUAAA